AUGGCCGAUUUUGGGGACGACACCGGGGCCAGAGCCCUGUUAGCCCUGAAGUCUGCGCCGUGUAGCCCGGUCAGAGUCGCGGUUCCCCCGGCCUACACGCUGCCGUCGAGCGCGCCCGGGGUCGCGGCCGUUGCGCUGAGUCCUCCGCCGCAGGCCCUCGCCCGCCUGGAAGGCCGGGACUUCGAGUUCGUCAUGCGCCAGAGGACCGUGACCGUGGGCCGCAACUCCUCGCACGGCUCGGUGGACGUCAACAUGGGCCACUCCAGCUUCAUAUCGAGACGGCACCUCCAGAUAACCUUCGAGGAGCCCAACUUCUACUUGCGCUGUCUCGGCAAGAACGGCGUGUUUGUGGACGGUGUUUUCCAGAGGAGAGGCGCUCCUCCGAUUCAGUUGCCGAGAGAGUGCACGUUUCGUUUUCCCAGUACAGCAAUAAAGAUUCAGUUUACUGCGCUGUACCUCAAGGAGACAUUGAAAGAGGAGGCUCCCAUUUCCCCUGUGAGACCCCUCUACCCACAGAUUUCUCCAUUGAAAAUCAACAUUCCUGAAAAUGACUUCAGAAGUAUGAUGAGCCCCCUGCCUUCACCAACAGGAACCAUCAGUGUGCCCAACUCCUGUCCGGCAAGUCCUCGGGGUGCAGGUUCCUCAGGAUACCGCUACGGACGCAACAUUACCUCAGACCUGCAGCUGGCUGCCGAGUACGCAGCCAAGGCCGUAUCAGAGCAGCGCACUGAGCCGUCUGGGGGAGACAGCCCCAAGGAUGAGUCCAAGCCCCCGUACUCAUACGCACAGCUGAUUGUGCAGGCCAUAUCAUCUGCUCAAGACCGACAGCUGACACUAAGUGGCAUCUAUGCCCACAUCACUAAGCAUUACCCCUACUACAGGACUGCGGAUAAGGGCUGGCAGAACUCCAUCAGACACAAUCUAUCCCUGAACCGCUACUUCAUCAAAGUGCCACGCUCGCAGGAAGAACCUGGUAAAGGCUCAUUUUGGAGAGUGGAUCCAUCAUCCGAGGCCAAGCUGGUGGAGCAGGCCUUCCGCAAGCGCCGGCAACGGGGUGUGUCCUGCUUCCGCACACCCUUCGGUCCGCUCUCCUCCAGAACAAAGAGUGCACCAGCCUCGCCCACUCACUCAGGCCUCCUCUCACCUCACUCGAGCGGCCUGCAGACCCCUGAGUGCCUGUCUCGAGAGGGCUCGCCUGUGUCCCAUGAGCAUGAGUUUGGCUCUAAGCUGGCCUCUGUGCCCGAGUACAGAUACUCUCAGAGCGCCCCAGGCUCCCCUGUGAGUGCCCAGCCCGUGAUCAUGGCUGUGCCUCCUCAGCCUUCGGCAGGGUUGGCCAAACCUGUGGCCUACAUGCCUGCCUCCAUCAUUAGCUCUCAGCAGCCUAUGGCUCAGGCCGUCCACGUAGUGCAGCAGGCCCCGGCGGUCGCCAUGGUGCGUGUGGUUACCACCUCCACCAGCUCCCCCAAUGGCUACAUCUUGGCCAGCACUGCUGCCGCAAUGACUGGAGAAGGCUCUGGAGACCACAGAGGCGCUGUGGAAGAGAUGGGGGCUCCAACAUCCAUCCCUGCAGGAAGCAGAGUAAUCCAGGCUGUGGGAAGCCACCUGGGCUCAGCCACUAGAGGGCAGCAAAGUUACACAGUUCUGCAGCAGGGCUCCUUGCCAGUGGGCCAGCACCAGCUCCCAAUUCAGCCCAUCACACAGAACGGCAAGCAUACUCUCCCCACGGCCAGUGUCUCGCCCAGUACUUAUGUUCUCACCAACCCUCUUCAGAUCUUGGCUGCCCAGGCCUCUACCUCUCCUCCAGUCUUGGUGAACAGGCCCCCCAGCGUGGAGAUGGAAGAAUCUGGCCCACGGGAACCUGAGGCCAAACGGCUGAAGAUGGAGGAGGACAGUGUGGGUUCAGUCCCCCAGCCUGUCAUUGUUGCAAUGAACCAGGAAGCCAGCGACUGAGUGAGUGGAGGAGCAAAUGAAAGAGAAGAACCUUAAAGUGAACCCCACAAUAGUGUUAGCCCAAGGUGCCAAGGUUAUUGAGGGGAAAAUGUUAUUGUUCUGUUUUCUUUUUUUUCCUUUUACAAAGAACUUUUCUGUGAGAGAACAAGUCCAUCACGGGUAACGUAAUCGUAUCUCUCGCAAGAGGAUCAACAGUGUGUUCUGAUAUGAGUUAAAAAUGCAUUAUCCUAUUAAGCCUUAAAAGCAAAUGCUGACAUGGUUUUAAUUUUGUGGGUUUCUUUAAAGAGGAUUGAAAAGGUCCCUCUGAGAUAUUGGAGAGCAUGCAUGCGCAUGUGCUGCCAUGUAGUUCCUCACAAGGUACAGUUGAGUUAGUACUUACUUUGAGUUGGGGUGGGACCAAUAACAAAGCAGCUAUUUCUAUUUGGGAGCACAGGUCUCUCAGAAUUGAAGCAUUAUGUUUUAAGCUCAUUGGAAGCUGGGAGUUAUCCCAGGUUUCAGUGUCACUUAGCAAGGAUUUAUUUAUCGUUCUUUGUCAACUUGACACCAUCUCUACAGAAAUUAGAUUGUUAUAACUAAAGUCACAUAAAAAAAUGAAAAACAAAACUUAGUACAUGAACUUAAAGGCCCCAUUUUGUCUAGCUGGAGCUCUUUAACAUGGUAGUAUAAAGUAUUUUUCUAUGGAGGGCUAUUACCUUGCUUACAUAGAUGUUAUAAUGAGGAAUGUCUAGCUCGUGUCACUUUUUGGAUUGGUCUGUGUAUAGUGCAAAUUUAAAACGAACUUGAUGAAUGUAUGUACUUUUGUUCAUUUGUUAUGGUUCGUGGCUCCCUUUUUGACCUAAACACCUGUCAAGAAUUUAGAAUGUGCUGUCAUUAACUUUGAAUGUUCUGUUUAUAAAAAAAAGAAAAAAAAAGGAAUAACCGUAUUUUUUUGAAGUGAAAUUCUGUAUUUAAUGUAGCGCAGACACACGUCUAUCCAUCCUCUGUAUGCUUAGCCAGAAGUUCAUGUAUGGCUGAGAUUUGCAGAACCUAAUCAGAUUUGCAUUAUUCAGUGAUGAUUAAGUCACAAGCAAAUUGUAUAUGCUGGAAUAUUUAACUAUUAAGAGGGGCUACUGACAACCAAAUCUGUUUAUUUCUGUUUCUAAGACCCAGGAAUGUAACCUUUUAAUAUUCACCAUCCGAGAGGCAAGUUUUCCACUGUCGUCCAGCUGUGAUGAUGGUGGGACAUACUAAAUGAAUGUUAAACCUUUUAUAAAAGUUCUCAAGACUUUGCAAUUGUUCUUUCCACAAAAAGAGCUUAUUUUGGUAACAUUUGCAAAGUAUUAAUCAAACUUUAUAUUUUUAUUAACACAACAGAGCAAAUAUAUAGUGUUUGAAUCCUUGAAGGUAGUUUUCAAGACAAUCACUAACAGGGUGGUUUUUUUGUUUACCACUUUAUGGAUGCGAAGAAGCACUUCAGGUUGCUUGUAAUAUUAACAGAGAUAGAACAACGUAAAAGACCAAAUGCAUAUCCUCUUCAUUAGUGCCUUGGAGGUUUGUAGUAAAGCUUCAUGCUCUACUACUUGCUACUUGGAAGUUGGAACACUGAAGGUUUUUUUUUUUCCCUCUUCAGGUUUAGAAAGACAAUUUUACACUGUACUUUCUAUCAGGUUUAAACUAGAAAGAGUCAUACUUCAGUCGGCUCUCAAUCCAUGCAUUGUGAUGAAGAAAAUAAUUAAUAAGUAAUAAAUCACGCUGCCAUACGUAUUUAAUCAGGCUGUGUAAACCUGUCUAAAAGGGGCAAAUUUAACACACAAACAAUAAAUAGACCUACCCACGCAGCAUAGAAAGAGGAGAGGAAGAUAGUCAAAAAUCAAAUUUCUAAUGUCAUUUUUUUUUCUUCUCUUUUUAGCUAUUAAUGUAUUCUGAAAUGUUACACGCUGUAGUUAAAAUGAUGUAAUUAGAGAUAGAUCACACGCUUAAACCACUGAAACUCCAUUUUAAGUUUAGUUAUUAAUUUACCUCAAUGUUAAAUUCAGCCAUUUGACUAUAAUGGCUAAGCAUUAACAGCUGUAAUUUAAGUAUUCGAGGUGGGAGAGGGGGGAUUUUUAAGUUUUUUUAAACCUCUCAUGAAAGUAAAAGAGAAAUGAAAUGAAUGAAAAAACAAGCACUUGGUUUGUGGAGUUAAGUUGCAUUUCUCUUUAAACCCAUUGAAUGAACUUUCACUGCCUAAAGAUAUUUUGCAUACAUUUUUAACAAUCUAUAAGUGUCUCAAUCAGCGAGUUAUAAGGUAAAUAUAAAGUAUUUUUUUCAACUAAUCUGAUGUAUUCGAUUUGUGUGCUUUUUGGUGUUUUUUGCAUAUUAGCUUAUGCAAGUGUUUAUACACUAAACAUUUAUAAUUUAAAAUCAAGUCUAAUGAACUGAUGCACGUUUUCUUUCACUUCUGUUAUUAGUUCUCGCUCUGGGUUUGAUCUCUGGCCACUGUUUACAAAGCAGCCUGUGUUAGUCCUUGCUCAGAAGCGUUGUCUUUAUAAGCCUUUGUUAUAAAGAUAGUCAUGCGUUCAUUAAUAAUUGUCUGACAUUUUCGCACAACCCCAUUAGAAGUGGUGAAGGAGCAUAGUUUCUUUAUUUCUGAAAUGCAUUUAAAGACCUAAAGAGGAAACGCUGAAACAAAGGCGUGCCCAUGUCUCCAUCAGCUCUCUGUUCACUAGCAGAGAGAAUGAUAAACUUGCAUUGUAUAUUUUAAUCAGUGUGAUCAUAAAGGGCCUUUUGUUCUAUCGCUGUUCUACGUAUUCUGCUGCUGCACAGAACGCCAGCCUACAAGUUGCAGUUUCCUCAUGAUUGGCUGAAACUAGAAAAUAUACAUGGGCUGAAAAGCAGUUUUGAAAAGGGCCAUCGUCUCCUUUCUUUUUUACCUAUACUGGUGUUUUGUUGUCUUUUUUUUUUUUUUUUUUUUUUUUUCUCAUUCAUGUAAUUUCAUUUGAAACGUUUAACUCUUGCAGUCCUACUUGUCUGUAUUGUAUUGCCUGGUAUUUUGUCUCAUUCUGUAGUUUAGAUUUGCCUCUCAUCUUGAUUACAUUAAAACUGUUUUAAUGUAAUGUUUCUCUCUUCACAUGUGCAGCUCCAUCUGUCCUCUCACUGCCUUGUGGAAAGCUCUAGAAAAUGCUGAAAAUGUGACGACAGCCUAUUAAAAGGUUUGAGCUGUCAACUGCA